CGGAGUUUUUGGAAGUUUUCUUAAAUGUUUGGCUAAAUAAGGCUCCAAUUUGUUCCGGGAUCUCUCUCGCCAGAAAAUAACAGUUUAAUAUUUUUCCAGUCGGCGAAGGAUUCCUCCAACAACAGACAACAUGGACACCCUUUGUUUAAGAUGGCAGAUUUUGACUCGGCGUAUGCCUGUCACCCCCUAUCUGGUGGCUACCAGCCCAUUACGCAGAUCUUCAAAGGUGGUCGUCAGAUUCCCAGAUCUGGUGGCCAUGGAGCCGUUCUCACAGGGGAUGGUCACCGCUUGAUGGGAUCUCCCCGCCCUGGUGUCCUUGUUUCAAGAAUCACUGUGGUUUUGCUACGACGAAUUCUUCAUGAGCGUUGUAGCCAGUGCGGUAGCCAUGGAAUCGAUUCUAAGGGUAAAAAACGGAAAAUGGACUCGAAGCAAAGAGGGAAAAACCUGAACAGAACAGAACAGAACAGAGGGGUAUUGAGUUGUUGAGCUGAAUUCAUUGAAGAAGCUGGAGAAUGAGGGUGGGUUUGGGGUAAGAUUUGAUUUUAAUUUUGUAGGAGUAGUAGUAGGUUUAGGGUUUUGAAUUUGAAAAGGAAAUGAAAAGAGAAAUGAAGAUAACUUGUGAUU